AUGGAAUCUGUCGAGAAAAGCAAGCACCUUAUACGACGCCUGGAGAUCCAGAGAUCUGCCUAUGAAAAACAAUCAUCGACAACCGCACAAGACAAUGCAGUUUUGAGUGUCAUGGCUAGCUCAACUCUGACCACUUUGAUCUUGAAGGACACCUUGAUCGGAGACAAUGGAGCCCAGGCGCUGUCUGAGGCACUCAAGACCAACUCGACUCUGAUCACUUUGAACUUGCGGGGCAACGGGAUCAGAGACGACGGAGCUGAGGCACUGUCUGAGGCACUCAAGACCAACUGGACUUUGACCACUUUGCACUUGGACAUCAACUGUAUCGGGCACAAGGGAGCUGAGGCACUGUCUAAGGCACUCAAGGCCAACUCGACUCUGACCACUUUGAACUUGCGGGGCAACUUUUUCUCGAUCGGAGACAACGGAGCACAGGCGCUAUCUAAGGCACUCAAGAUCAACUCGACUCUGACCACUUUGAACUUGAAAAACAACAAGAUCGGGCACAACGGAGCUGUUGCGCUGUCUGAAGCACUCAAGACCAACUCGACUCUGACCACUUUGAACUUGAAAAACAACGAGAUCGGGCACAACGGAGCUGUUGCGCUGUCUGAGGCACUCAAGACCAACUCGGCUCUCAUCACUUUGACCUUGAACUACAACUUGAUCGGAGACAACGGAGCACAGGCGCUGUCUGAGGCACUCAAGACCAACUCGACUCUGACCACUUUGAACUUGCGGGGCAACGGGAUCCACGACGACGGAGCUGAGGCACUGUCUGAGGCACUCAAGACCAACUCGACUCUCACCACUUUGCACUUGGACAGCAACUGGAUCAGGCAAAACGGAGCUGUUGCGCUGUCUGAGGCACUCAAGAUCAACUCGACUCUGACCACUUUGAACUUGCAAAACAACAAGAUCUGA